UGCUCAUCUUCCGUCUCGACUCAUUCACAACCUUCGCGGACCCAGCAACCGCUUCGAGCCCAUCCCCGUCCUCCUAUCGCUCUGCAAGCGACCCUCGACCCAGUUCCCAACCAUGAGUGGCUACGACCCUUCUUCGAUAGUGCCGCCGCCCAGGAAGGCCGUCCCCCUCAGCAGCUCUCCUGGGCCCGGCCACCCUUCCAAUGCUACGGGGUCUCCCAACCCCUAUGGUGCUGCUUACUCGCCUCAGUCUGGAUACAAUCAGCCCAGGGAAGCUUACCAACCCGCCUGGGAUGGUGGCAGUGGCUACUACAGCCCGUCCCAGCAGGCCACCCAGCUGCCACACCACCAGCACCAGCACCAGCAGCUCCCCUAUCCGACCCAAGGAGGAGCCCUCCCUUUCCCCCAGCCCGUCUCUGCGGCCCCGCCUGCCGCUCGCAGCUAUCCUUACUACGAUGCCAGUGGCCGCCCCAUCCAGCACAACGACCUUCCCUUCCCAUAUGCUGGAGCACCGCCGUCGAAUGCCGCACGCAGUCCGUUCCCAACCCCUGUGUCCAUACCGGGUUCGCCCAACUACCCUCCAGCAGCGGCGCCAUAUGUCUCUAACGAGCUGGUCGAGUCCCCAGUCAUCUCGCCAAAUAGCUCGCUUGCGGGUCAGUUUGCACUGCUGAACACUGAAUCACGGGCCUCCACCGGCCUCGGCAUUCCGACAAUGCCCACCCGCAGCAUCUCCAUGCUGCAACACGGCCAGUCUCUUGUCGGUCGGAUGGCCACCAACGGUAGCGAUACCACUACGACCAGCGAAGAACCCGGCACUCCCCUGAUCGACGGACCCACCCGAGCCAACACCCAGAUCAACUCUGCCAUGACCCAGGGCCAACUUCACUUUUCGCAGAGCCGAUAUUACUCGGCCAUCCAGUCCUGGUACGGCGCCGCCGACGCGGCCCACCACGAGGGCGACAAGAUUGCCGAGUCCAGGGCUAUGGCCAACAUCUCCUCGGCCUUCCGCCAGCUCGGCUAUCUGGAAAAGAGCCGGACGGCCCUCGACGCCGCCUUUACGCUGGCCGGCCGCUUUGUCAAGUCGCAGCGCAGCGAUGACCCCUCCAACAUCUGGAUCAUGGCCAUCGACAAGUACAACCUCAGCCGGGGCAAUCCAUAUGAUGACGACACGCCCGUCACUCGCCACGCAUCGACGGCCUCAUCGACUUCGACACGCUCGGCCGUGUCUGCCGAUGUGGGCCCAUGGCUGGUUGUCAUGUUCCUGGAGCUCAUCAACAAUCGCGCCAACCUCGAGUAUGUCUCGGGUCGGUUCGAUGAGAGCAUCAGGCUGCACAACGAGUGCUUGAGCGUCGCGCGUGCGCUCCUGGAGGAGUACCCGCUUCCUGCCGGGCUCCAUGUCCCGCUCACCCUCGCGAGCAUCGCCAAGGAGCAGCGCCAUGGCAAAUAUCUCCGGCUCUCGUACUUCCACCGCUCGCUGAUGCUGGCGCUCGCCCGCGCAUUCUCACAUCUGGGUGCGUGCUACCUUUCCAUGGGCAUGGAGAAAAUCUCACUUGGCUACCAAGAACAGGCCGCCGCCGUGACCCGGUUCAUGGCGUCGCUGAAACCGCCGCUGGAGAUCCAAGGCAAGCGCCACUCGCCCAUCCUGGCCGCCGAUGCCGAGAGGCUCGACAUUCAAAACGCCGUCAUCUCCGCCAACACGGCCAACACCCACUUCCUGCUCGGCGACAACACCAAGGCCGUUGGACACAACGAGACAGCCCUGCAUUUGUUCCGCAAAGUCAAGAGCUCCCUGGGCGAGGCUCGACAAAAGGCCAACUUUGCCGCCAUCUCGCUGCAGAUUGGCGAGCAGAUCAAUCUGAUCCACUGGGUGAGCUGCUACGAGACCACCAAGCGCCGGGGCGUCAGCGGCCGUUCGCCCGAGUUUGAAAAGUUCCAUGGCCCAGUGCGUGUGGCCGAGGUCAACGCCAGCCGGCUCGGAGAAAACGUGCCGGUGUACGAGUCUGGGCCGAUGGGCGCGGGCUCGGGAUAUGUUGAUUCGGGGCUCUUCUCUCUCUUUGAGGCGGCCGAUACCCUCAAGGUAGCCCAGGACUGGCUGGGCCUCGUAAACGUGUGGAUCAUGAUCGCGAGCGGGUACAUGAUCCAGGGCCAGCCGUACUAUGCCCUCUAUUUCCUCGUCCGCGUCAUCCAGAAAAUGGACACCAAGCAGCGCCGCGGCGAGCCCGUGCCGUCCAUUUACGAGGCGGACCACCCGAGCUUCCCCAACUUUGCGCGCCUCCAGCUGUCGUCGGUGCUGUUCCAGAUACUCUUCCAGAUCAACCGCAUCGCAGCUAGCAAGGACGGCGUAACCCUCUUCCCGUCCUACGCCAAGAGCGAGGUCAACAACCUUCCCGUGUACGAUACGGCGGCGCUCAAGGAGAUGCUCAUGGCCAUGGGUCUCAACACGCCGCCCGAGUCCUUCAAGAGCUCCGAUCUCUUCUUGGUCUUCCUGAACCAGCACACCGAGCUGGUGUACAAGUAUGUUCACGAGCGAUCUCGGAUCUACGGCCUGUUUUCGAACAACGUGCCCUACUACAAGCUCCAGCCACCUCUGGAUCUGCUACGGAAGGCGCACAUCUCGGCGCUCAACACCCUCAGCAAGCUGCACUGGCACCUGGUACUGCCGCUCGCCCAGAGCUUCGACAUGGUUGCCCUCAACAGCAACGUGGAGCAAGCCCAAAACCUGCUUGCCCGCGGCCUCCGUGAAAUGGACAUGAUCCUGAGCUGUCGACAAACCUUUGGGAAAGCUGUGAUCGGACAGAUGACCUUUGACAUCAUCAAGAACUACCCGAUCGAUCGACAGCGCGAAAUUUUGGGAUACUGCGGCGCCAAGUUUGUGGCCUUGGUUGUCGAUCUGAGCUCGUUCGUGACCAUGUCGCUCGAGCGCGGCAUCGACCUCGAGGUGCCCUUUGGGUACCCGAGAGACUCGAUCUUCAUGGACAGAAACGUGUUUAACCUGGACCACUUUGAGCUGAUGCUCCUGGACAACGCCAAGCAACUGGCCUCGACCAACCUUGGCAUCUGCAACCGAUGCAUCGAAGACAUGUGCACCAUCGCCAACCGCCACUCGUACGAAGCCACCCAGUGGAUCGCCGGAGAGCUGGAAACGCAGGGUGAGGAUUCAAGCGGAAUCAAGCUGAUUGGUAUCGAUGCCCUUGAGCUCCUCCGCGACCGAUCCAGGCUCAACUCGGGAGAGUGUGAGUGCGUCAAGAAGGCCAAGGAGCAGGCCGCACAAGUUGCCGCCAGCAAGGUUUAGGGGGCUGCUGCUGAGCCAAAGGGAUCCGGCUCAAAGGAUUCCGGCCAGCAGGCUCCGAGCGCCCUCGGCUGUGCUCUACCCGCACACUUGCUUCGUCGACCCAUCGUUCCGUCGGCGGUUGUUGUGGUAGCUCCGUUUCGCUGAGU